AUGGCUGAUACACUAGUUAUAUUAGGCUAUUUUGCUGGAUGGUCAAUAUACACACGCAAUUAUCUUGUCAGUGAUAUUCCCGCUGAUAAAAUAACGCAUAUCAACUAUGCAUUUGCCAAUAUUGGAGCUGAUGGACAAAUUGCAAUCGGUGAUUCGUGGGCCGAUAUUGAAAAAGCAUUUCCGGGUGAUUCAUGGGAUAAACCAUUAAGAGGAAAUUUCAAUCAGUUAAAAUUGUUGAAACAAAAAUGGCCACAUCUUAAAACUAGUAUCUCAAUUGGUGGAUGGGUAUGUGUCUUAUUAUAA